GAGGGGAAGUCGCAUUAUAUGAACUCGUGCGUUAAGACGUACGUUAACGACACUGGUAUCGUGACAACUUCUUGCUCUACUUUUUUCUUCCGACUUCGCGCACAACCGAAAGUUUAAAUUAAUCGUAAAUAAAUUUACACUGAUACAUCUGAGAACGCGUGGUAAAUAACUAUUUUUCCCCUGACACUGAAGCAAGUCAUAUAUAUGUUCCCAUUUUCAUCGAAUACCUUUACUUCAGUGUUUGACUGAACGUGCUGUUAAAUCUCGUUGAUAUUUUCAGUGCCUAAAUCUAAUUAAUUAGAGUGUAAGUCUAAUAACCUGCGAACAACUGUGAUCGCAUUUUGGCGAUAUCGUCCGGACGAUAUCGCCGAGGCCUCGGUAAGUUGUUUGUAGAUCUUCCAAGAUAACAGAUGUUGUAACCUACGAGAUGGCGUAUUACUCAACAGAAACGGUCUUAAAUAUAGUCGUUCACUUGGUGACAAUCAUUGUGUCGAAGGAUAUGCAAAAAUAUAUCCUUCUGUGCAAGGGUGGUUGUGCACGGUUUUAGUAAAGGUGACUUUUAGCUCACCGUUUACUACACGGACCCAAAAUCCAGGUUGACAGUGGCAAUAUUUCGAGUUAAAGAAUAAAUUUAUUUGAAAUAAAGCAUGCGUGGAUGACCGACUUCAUCUAUGUCUAGGUUGUGGUGGUGAGUUAGAAAGUGAAUGCUCUUCGGAAGAAUGAUGAUCACUAUCAUCAUCUACAUCUUGAAGACAAGUAUCAGAUUCUGACUCAUUGCAUUUGCGUCCACAAGUACAAUCAUAUCUGAUGAAAAAAUACUUGAGUUGGGUCAUUAUUUUUUUACAUACUGACAUGACAUACUUAGCGUGCGUAUACUAUAAAAAGUUAUCAACCACAAGUUCUAUUACCUUAUGUACUUCUUUCAAAUAAGCCCCGGAAUUGUCCCAACUUGUAAAUCGUGAUGACUGUCGUUGAAGGUUCGUCCUACAUCGUGCAUCAUUACGAUGGCGUCACUUUAGUUGCUUGAAGGAUGGACGUUAUCAGACAUUUUCGUGCGUUAUGGUCACUUCGCCGUGCGUUCAAAUCUUUUGACGAGGAAAUGUUUCGAAUUUUAUAUCCCACCUAUGUAAGACCACAUUUAGAGUACUGUAUCCAAGUAGCUAGCCCAUGUCUGGUAGAGGAUACUAACUCGCUUGAGCGUGUCCAGCGUGUGGGAACGAAAUUAGUGAAAGGUCUUUCUAGACUCCCUUACGAUGAGCGUUUAAAACGCCUAAACCUUUUCCCCUUGUCGUAUCGUAAGACGCGAGGUGACCUUAUACUGACAUUUCGUAUCUUUAAUUAUGAUUUGGGUGUUAAUAUGUCUUAUCUUUUUGCUCCCUCCAGCACUAAUAAUCUCCGACGUCAUAGUAAGAAGGUUCAUAAACCGCGAUCUAAUAAACUUAUAGUGGGGUCCCGUUUUUCUCAUCGAGUAGUCAAUGAUUGGAACGCCUUACCCGAACAAGUGGUAUCAGCCCCAUCAGUAAAUAUUUUCAAGGCGAAACUGGACCUUCACUGGAAGGCAAUCUGUCAGGAUUAACACAGGUUCACCAACCUACUAUCCUUAUUACUGAAGAAGACUGAAGACAUAGUGUAGUUGGACUCAAAUCACAUCUAAAAUUGUAUUGACCUGACUGCUUCUGCAAAACCCUACGAAUUGCCGAGGUGAUGCACCAAUCGUUUUGCGACGGUUUGACCCUCAAGUGCUCAGCAACCUCUGUCAGUGGACGACACCCCUAAGACUUUAUCAGAAGUACGGUGGGUCGAGCUACUUCCCGGUUAAGUUAUUUCAAUGAAUAACAAUUUUGAGUUAACAUCGCUUGCCAAUUCACAUUCACGAAGACAUACUUCAAAUUCAGUUGGGGAGCAGUUUAGCUUAGUGGGGUUUUCAUUGAUAAGCCCUAUGUCGCUAGUCGUUUACCACAUGUUGACCCUUGCACCAAGUAUCUAUUUAAAGGUUCAAUUUUCUUUUAAGUUGCCACUGGGGGAGGGCGGAUUUAUUCGUAUACUGGUUUUUCUUAUUAUUCCUCAUUUUUUUAAAAAAUUAGGACUUCAGUAGAGGCUACUGGUAGAUACGAUUGCUGGUUCUUUACCCUUUCCCAAUGCUUGUGAGUGGUUGGUCUUGAAAAAAAAGAUAUAUACGUCAUUAUUUAAGAUGCGGGGUGUUUAUGUGAAAUCCUUAAACGCACCACAAAGAAAAUGGAUGGGUGGUGGCGUCAAUUUUUCCUUGUAGUAGUUAUAAAUUCCUGUCACGAACUUUUUGCCUUCAGAAAAGCUCACGAUUAUCAGCUCCCUUGGUCAAUCGUGAUGCUUUUUCAUGCUAGAUUUUUUUAAUUCCCAUUAAGUACGACUGAAAUUCUUGGACAUUUCGCUAAGUCAUUUGAAAGCUAUAUGAUUUGGUUACAACACAUAUUUCGUGGUUGCUGACUACACUGCGUUAUAUUGUUGUUUUAAAUUCAGGUAUGUUGCUUAAAUCUACAUCUUUCGGAACUUGUAGUAAACAUGUUCAAUCGUUAGUGUGGUGGUGACCCUAACUGUGUCAGAUGUAGAUUAGUGCACUCGUAUUGAUAAUGAUUUUCAGCCAACCUAAGUGAUAUGGAUAACACCACACCGACUUACAGGUUCAUAACUCAUUAAAUUCUAAAGGCACUAUUUUUCAUGCAUUGAUUUACCUUUAUGAAGUAUCCCGUCACUUUUUGUCCUCUUAACAUUGCUGUAUGCAGCGUAAAUCUCACUGAAACAAUCUGACAAGCUUUCAGCUCUUAUUGGGUUUAGUUCACUUAGAACGCCUGAGUUUCUAUAAGGCAACAGCAAGGGAUUUCUGUAAUGUCAUCUCCUCUCAAGAUAUUCUAUACUUCUCCAGUUAGCUUGUCUGGAUUCACAAACUAGUAUGUUGCAAUUAGAUCUCUGACCCUCCAAUCAUAAUAGAAUUCGCUUACUGUUUGGCAAUUGGUAUAGGGCUUAGUUGGCAAUAAAAUCGUCACAAGAUUAGUUGGUAAUCAUACUCUUUUUCCAAUAGUUGAGAUCAUGAGUCAAUUGAAGCUAGAUCACCAUGGAAAACCUGGAAGCACUGGAUUACCGUUUCGUCCUCCUGUGGGACUCUACAGCAGUGCGCAUCCACGAUCCCGCCUCGCAAGAUUUGAAGCCAGGGUUUGAGUUUUUCCAUGGUGGUCUAGCUUCACAAAACCCCUUCUGAUAUAACUCAUAUUCAUUAAUGGUGGUCCAGGUUCUUACCAGUCUUGUUCAAGGGCAUACUCUUUUUGGCAACGUAUAUAUUUAGACUUUACUCAACCGCUUUAUCGUUUUUAAAAUUCAAUGUAUACAAGAGUUUAAUAGAAUUUUUAUUGGUGGAGCACUUAUAUGUAAGUUACAUGAUGCCGAAAUUACAAUAUUUGAUCAUAUGUUUCGAGUACCUUACUGUCCUCAUAUGAUAUGGCGACUUGAGCCGGUGCGCGUACAUGAUAGAUUCUAGUGUGUUUAUGGCUUACUUAUCCUUAGAUUGGUCCCAGUUUUUUUCGAUAAAGAUCACUCAUACACUGUCACUACCGUCCCAUCUUUUAGUAGCUCUGUUGCUAUCGUAACUAAUGAUUGGAGACUUUGGAUUGUAUAGAUCAAAAUCGUUCGCAAUGAUGCAGGUUUAUCCAUUUCUCGAAUCGUAUAUUUCAUGCCUAGUCUUUUCUGUCACCAUUGAUACUGUUACUACCUCGAAUAUUCUGGGAAUUCACCUAAACAUUUCAUCCUUCUGUGCUAACGGAGCAUGGGAACUUGGACCGGUGUACAUACGUGCCAAAUUCUACGUUGUGACUGAUUAAUAUUAAGGGUAGUUCUGAAUAAAUAUUACGAAGUGGAGGCCACCAAAAAUGUUUGAAGAAAUCUCUAUUCGUCCAAUAUAUUACUUCGAUUUCUCUUUGAAAGCUGCACUAAAUAAAAAAUUCUAAUUGCUUUACAGCCAAAUCAACACUUUUUGGGAAAAGGUUAAAUAAGGCAGCAAGUUAGCUGAUACUGUCGCACAACAAUUCAUGUUUAAAUCCCAUAAACGGAUCAAUGUCCAACUUGUUCGCUUAACACGUAGUUGAUAACUCAUUUCAUUAAAAUAACUUUUUUUCUGUAAACUUGACAAUAAAGCAAAAAGUGUGGAUCUUAACCUGAUAUUUGAUGACUGGCUUCUAGGUUCGUAGGUCUUUGUCACAGAAGAUGAAUAACUUACACGCUUUUAUCGUAAGCUAGUCUGCAAAGUAAAAUAUGGUUGGUAAUCAGCUGCUCUUUGAAAUGGAUUCUUUCAAGUCUUUCUACUCUCAUAUUAACUGCAUUUAUUUCAGGUAAAUUUUAUGCUAGAAAUUGUAAACUUGAAAGAACCAUAUUAACUUGGAUUGUCUAUGUUUUCUAUUCUGUGGAUUUUUUCUUAUUUGGCAUUGCUGUUUUACCUAUUCAUAAUAUUGUUUUGCAUCACCGUUGGUUUGUUUUACGUAACUGAGCUAGUGGAAGAAUAUAUUGUCACUACGGGCAAGAUAAUACGCUAUACAAUAUAUGCAGAGAUAGUACUUCAUUUCAUUCUUCUGAUAACGGAUGAUGUUCCUGUAAUACUUGUACUGACUGGAUUAGUUUGUCAUUGUUUUUACAGUUCAAUGUUAAAAACAUUUCCAGCUUUCCAUUAUCAGUCGUUUAGCUUUCUCGGUAGUGCUUUCAUGUUAAUUAUUCACCACUUAGUCGCAUUUCGUGUAUUUUCACACAACCCAAGUCCAUUCUCUUACCUCAUAGCAUAUUUUACAUUUUUCUUAUGGGCCGUUCCUUUCCUUUUUUUAAUCUCAUUAUCAGCAAACGAUUUUGUUCUGCCACAAACAGUUGAAUAUCAGCUUCCUGUUGAAAGUGAUUAUUUAUUACAGAGUCAACAGAAAAAAAAUGAUCUAGUUUCUGCAUAUUUCAAAUGUAAAAGAAAGAGCUUGUAUACAUUUCUUGCUUAUUUACGUGAAUUUAGCAUUCCUUUACGUACCAAAAAGGGCUUCUAACUUUUGGUAAUCCGUUUUAAUUUGGGGCUACUUAAAUAGUACGCUGUUCUGGUUUUCCGUGAAUAGUCGAAAUCUUGCCUGGAUAGUUUUGUUUUGUCUAUGUACCUUCAUAAUCCUAUUAUGAUCGUCAACGUUUGUACCUAAGUAACUGCGAAAGGUUUUUUUCCAUAAUGUAUAUUUUGGCUUACUAAAAUAAAAUUACCUCAGUUGAGUCCACUGUGGCGUAUACUUCUUUUAGCUGCAAUAGAUCGACUGUUCUUUUUUACUGAGCUACUUAUCCAUUUAAGGUAUAUUUACGUUAUUAGUGGAUUGUACUGUAAGUUUGUAAAUAAUGCGCAUUCACGUUCUUAUAUUUAGUGGGAAUGAUUACGACAAAGAAGUAUGUAGCUGGAAAAACAUUUUUUGUGCUCUAGAUUAUACGAAAACUACUGAUCAACCGAAAUCCAGUUGAUGUAACAGUACUCCCACGCGUUAACCUCUAGUUUAAAGUCUAACGUUUAAAUCACCAAGACACAACCAAAUAAUUAUGAAUCAGCUUAAGAUGUUGCUGAAUGGACAUUAAUGACCUUGAGAUGGUCCAUUGAAUACUCAAGAUAUUUGAUUGGUUCUAUGGAAAUAGGAAGUUUGAAAUGUGUCUCUAUGUAUGUUUAUGAUUAUCACUUUUGCUUGCUUAUUACUGCAUAUAAAGUGUAUUAAGUAUGAGAAUACUGACUCAAAAUUAGCUCAUCGGCGCGAUCGUGAUAAAUGAUGUGUUCAAGAAAAUACUGUGGUCAUUGAGAAUGUUAUCUAAGAGAUCGCCGAAUUAUCAAUAAAUCUUAGUGGAGAAAAUAUUUCUUUAAUGCAUAUAUAAUAGUGUUUGCUGAACUAAUACUAGUUCUAACUACACGUUGGUCAUCAUGAGACGGUAUAGUGUCUUUCACCUAGUUGAUCAACUACUACCGCUUCUGCCUCUUAUUUCUCAUUGCUACUUUGGAUAAUCAAUUAGCUGAAAUUAUAUCUUAACUUGAGCCUGGAUAUGCAUGCAUACAGUUCCUCGUCGAUUUUAUAAUCUGACGGUAAGAUGGUUAGUUUAUGAUGUGCCGGAUGAGAUGCAAUUAUUUAAGUAUCAUAAUUAUUCCUUCCAUUAUUUACAACUCUCGUUCACUCAUUUUUACCUAUUUAACAAUUAAUUUUUAUUAUAUUUACUCUCCUUCAUAUGUCUUUCACGAUUUUACUCAUUUAUAUGUGCGGCGCAUAUUUUAGUCCCUGUUUGUAGCAGUAUUUAUGUAUUCAAAUAAAAUGAAAUAUGUUUGCGAAACCUUAUCUCUUUUAAUUGGAAUGCGUUGUGGUUUCCUAAUUAUUAUUAUUAUUUAUCUGAACACACAAAUAUUGGUACAAGAGCGCGCCAAAUAUAUAUGCGCCACAAAAAACAGUAAGAAUUUAAAGAGGGAAAAGGAAAAAAAGGUAAGGAGCAUAAAAAAAAGAACGAUAACGAAGAGGUUGGUGUAAGGUGGUGUAAUAAUUAUAAUAGUAAUAAUGGGGUAACGGAAAGGUACAAUCAGGAGAAAUCUUUCAGUUAAGGAAGAUACAACCAUGUUUUUUUAUGAAGAAAGUAAAAGAAGGUUACAGUAGGAUCGCCACUGGCUUCUAUUCUGAGCCAUAUCUGAUAACGUCUCUAGCAACUGUGUUGCACCAUCUCUCGGACCCCAACCAGGGAGUCGUGAAGGACCAACACAAGCCAGUCCUUUGCAGCUUUCUUUCAUACCACGACACCAUGUCAUACACUGACCACCUCUCCGCUUUUUCCAACCAGUCCCAGAGUCGGCAAAUAAUGCACGACGUGGAAUUCUCUGGCACGACAUUCGGAGAACAUGUCCAAGCCACCGAAGUCGGUGUUUCAAGAUGGUGACCCCAAUUGAAUUAUCACCUCUGUGCCCGAACACACGAUGCCGAACCUCUGCAUUACUAACAUGGUGUUGCCACUGGGUGUCAGCAAUCCUUCGGAGACAGCGAUGAUCGAACACAGAGAGUCGUCUAACGUCCUCAACUCUGAGAGGCCAGGUUUCACAAGCAUAGAACAAAACUGCUCCCACCGACGCGUUGUAGAUCCGACCUUUUACAACCAGACUGACAUCACGAAGGCGCCAAAGAUGGC